AUGAGUGAGAUACAUGAAACAGCUAAACAGGCAGAUGCGCAUGAUUUCAUUAUGAAAUUACCGAAGAAAUACGACACGAUAGUUGGGGAACGUGGAGUAUGCUUAAGCGGAGGUGAAAAGCAACGAAUUGCUAUAGCUCGAGCACUCAUUGACAAUCCAAAAAUAUUACUGUUAGAUGAGGCAACCUCGGCGCUGGAUAAUUUACACGAAGUAAUUGUACAACAAGCACUGGAUAAAGCUAGUAAAGGAUGCACAACAAUAACCAUAGCGCAUCGUUUAUCAACAAUACGCAAUGCUGAUUGUAUAUAUAUUAUUGCUGAUGGUGGCAUUAUAGAAUAUGCUACGUCAUCUACAACAACGAUGAGUAAUCAAGUGCAACUAUCCAACCCUCAACCGGUGACAGUUCCUGCUACACCCAAAAAUCGACGCACUCUUGGUAAUAUGGAAGAAGAGAAUGAUGAACUAAAUGAUUUUAUAAAUGAUCCCACAACAAAAACAAUAGAACGUAAUCGUAAAUAUCAGAAAACAAACAAUCAGCAUGCGAUGAAUCAUUCAACUUCGCGGUCAAAUGAUCAGCACAACAAUGAAUUGAAUAAUCAACAGGAUAAUAUCUCGGAUUCAGCCUUUCGAUCUGCAGAAACUCGGUACCCAUUCCCACCGUUUGUGUUGCAUUUUUCAUCUGGACAAAUCAAUGAGAAACAGGUGGUGGAAGAGUUAUCAAAAUAUCUAAAGGAUCAACAUCAAUUUAAUUUAGAGCUAGCUGGAUAUCGUUCUUCAACAGCACGGUGUUCACAAGAUGAACGCAACCUACUAUUAUUUGUUAAAAAUGUUGAAUCAUUUGUAUUCUUAUAUAAAUUAGAUGUAUGGCCACAACAAUUGUGUAAAUUAAAUUUCAUUCUCGAAAAGAAACCAUCAAUACCUCCUCAAUUAUGUAUGAUUGUUGCAAAUGUAGCAUAUAGAAUUAAUAUUGAUGAUUUUGCGAAUGAAAUAAGACUGAAUCAUGAUGAUGUUGUCAAUGUCAUUCGUUUACAGAAUAAAUUUAUGAAGGACACAAAAUUUGUGAAAGUGGAAUUCAUGUCAAAUAAAACAAGAAAUGAAUGGUUAGAACGUGGUUAUGUAACUGUCCAUUAUAUCAGAUAUGAUGUACAAGAAUAUUUAGCUCAAGCACGUGUUUUAAUCUGCACAAAAUGUUGCGGUAUUGGACAUUUUAGAAAACAGUGUAAAGAACAGAAUGAAACAUGUCGUACAUGUGGGGAUAAAUGUACCGAUAUUAAACAGCAUACAUGCUCUCAAGUAAUUAAGUGUAUUCGCUGCAGUGGUCAACACAAAUCAAACGAGAUGAAUUGUCCAAUCGUCAAAUCAUUUCGAGCAAAUCUGACGAAACAAUUACUUGCGUCACCUGCAACGCCUGUCAACUACAACAACUCAUCGUUACUACAAUUUCCCUCCUAA